AUGGAGCACCGCGAUCAAAACACAUCGUCAACCUCCAAACCUCCACUACGCUCGUACAACUCUCUCCCCAACUGUCCGGAUCCACCGAACAGUGACACGAGCGCCGCUCGCACAGCCCUUCAGCCCAAUCCAUCGGCACGACGGCGCCAGGCAGAAAGCGGUGGCAUGGCGCCCUUCGCUGGCCGUCUGGGCGGCAACCAGAGCUUCGUGCUCGACCGAUUCGACCCGGCGAAUGCGGCGCUGCUCAAGAAAGUGCCCGAUGCGGCACCGAACUUGAACUUGCGCGAAAUGUUCGACUUCAACGGCUUCAGGGAGGUGGAUCUGUACAAGGCAGCUGUGUGCGAGUGUUUUGGAACAAUGAUCCUCGUCUUUGGGAGCACAUACAAUAGCCUCUCGCCUGGUCACCCACCUCCACAACCGUCGCUUACUACGGGUGCAUUCGGCACGGUGACCUUCCUUGGUCCACUGGUCGCGUCGUGCAUCAACACCAUCAUUAUCUCCAUUCUGAUCUUCUGCUUCGGUGCCAUAUCUGGAGCGCAUUUCAACCCUUUGAUCACGUUUGCCACGUUCUUCGCCCGCCUCGCUACCUUUCCGCGUCUAGUUCUGUACUUGGCCGCGCAGACUGGGGGAGGUGCGUUGGCGGGACUGUUGCUGCGUGCGGCGGCGGGAACACGAUACUUCAAGGUCGGUGGGUGUUUCCUGUUCACGGAUGCUGGCGCGCGGGUGUCGUCGCAAUUUGUGAUCGAGUUUGUUGGGAGUUUGCUGCUUAUAGUCAUGGCAUUUGGGGUCGGGUUGGAUCCACGGCAGAAGGGUAUCUUUGGACCCGCGCUGGCUCCGAUCUUGGUUGGCCUGUCUGCAGGAGCGUGUGCGUUGUGCUUUUCGUUCUCCAUGCCGGGAAGUGGCGGUGCAGGUUUAAAUCCGGCGAGGUGUUUUGGUGCGUUUGUCGGUAGUCGUUUUCCGGGAUGGCAUUGGAUUCAUUGGAUCGGUCCAUUGGGUGCGAGCAUCCUCCAUGGCAUCAUCUACUUCGUUGUGCCACCGGGGUCGGUGCAGCCACGUGCGCCGGAAAUGAUGGUAGUCGAGGAGGUGGACGAGAAGAGAAGUGUCGGCGAGACUGUGUGA